GCAAACUCCGCCUAGAGAAACACACAGACCGUUGGACCAUGGCCUGCUUGUCUGCCACUGACGCUGUGCUCGGUGCAUAGACCUCUUUUGAUCUAUAUACCUGUCAGACCCUUCCGGGCCUAUAUUCUUUUAUCGUCCCACACCUCUUUUGGGCGCCUCUUUUUCAAUUUAUCGACAAGUCUACUCUCGCAUUGAUUGCUCCCUCGAGUCAAAAACAUUGAAUUCUUCAUCGUCAACUUCUGCCCCUCUGAUUCGCCCAUCGACGGAUUUGGCGGCAACGAAUCGACAUUGACGCGCCAUUAUUCUGGUGUCCCGCCCGCCGCCUUUGGCCUCGUGCACACCGAACACCAAUACAGCACUCGCCUCUGGGCUGCUGAUUAACGAUCACUCCCGGGUCUUCAAUCACCUUCCAGCAGUGGCGCCGGUCUCAAGCAGAACAUUCCUGCUCUCGAGAAUGCAGAAAAGAAUUCUUACCUCUUCUCGAUAACCAUCCAUCUCUCAAGCUCCUCUCCGUCGCUUGCGCGCACCUCGAUCCGUCUCCACCUCCUCUCGCUUCAUGGCCGCGACCAUGGACGGCUUUGAUCCUCUCGCAAUGCCUUACUUACACAGUCCUAUGCCCUUUACCGGGGGAAACCUCCAGAACCUCGAUUAUAUGAGUGUACCGUCCGUGAUGGACCUGCAAGAUCAAUACUCCAACUUUGACUCGGAGCCAUAUAUGAGUGGUGAUGAACUUGGGUUUGCGCCCUCUACGAGCAUGCAACACCCCGCGCUCUUGAAGCGCUUCUCGUCAGGUUACGAAGAUCCGUUCGCAGAAGGUACAAUGGCUCAAUUCGACCAAGUGCCCACGGACGGCAUGCCCGAAAGCCCUUCAAUUGACCGAGACAGCAAAUACCUAAGUUUUUCGAUGCCGCAUUAUAAUUUUACCCUGUUGGACGACUCGUUCAGGCGGUCCUCGGUCAAUAUCAAUGCGCAACUACAUGGAAUGUUCUUUCUCGCAGAGUCACAAUGGCCAGCAACAGCCGAUACGCCUCCACCACCUCCAGAACUCACAUGUUACCGACGAAACUUGUUUCAGAUUACAGGCUCAGUAACAUUACCCCGAAACCUGAGAUACGUUUUCACCGACGACGGGUCACGAAUACCAAUUUACGAGCUAGAGCUGGCAGUCUCUGCCACUGAAUCGGUGGAAGGCAACCCCGUCAAGAUCAUCUCUGUGCCCUGGAAAACACCAGCUAGCGGAGAAGCACCCAAACCGGAGGACAAGAUCGAAAAGGAACCUCCUACCAUCCCUUUGGACAAGAUGUCCGGCCAAGAUCUGGAUACGGAUUUCACCACCUUUCCCGUGCAGUGGAAGAGACUUCAAUUCCGGAUAGCCACGGCCAACAAUGGCCGUCGGAAGGAAUUGCAACAGCAUUUUACUCUACAUCUCAAGAUCAUGGCGUCGCUAUCAACAGGCGGAAAGAUCUCCAUCGCCGAAGCCCAUUCUGGAGCAGUCAUAGUUCGCGGACGAAGUCCUCGGAAUUUCGCGGCUCGCAAAGAUCUCCCCUUGAGCAGCAGUUCGACAGCUCGCAAACAUCUCCCAUCAGCAUCCCGCGCCAGCAAUAGCCAAACCUCGGUGCCUCAGGUGACUUCAGCACCUAAAAUAAAAACACCACCCGAAGACGUUCCGGCAGUAACCAUGUCCUAUGACGGAGCCGACUACAAGCCCACAGCAGACAUGGACACAAGUAACUGGAUGUCUCAAAUGGCUCCUGAAGCCCUGGCGACGCCGUACUCAUCGUCAAUGAAUCCCCCACUCAUGCCGACAUUCUCUCACGACAGCACACCCGAACUAGGCACGCCAGGGACGUUUCCCUUUACAUUUCCCCAAGACAUGGGGACUGUAAAUUCAGGCCCGAUGAGUCUGCAUUUUGGCAGCGAUGAUGAAGGCGGAGGAAGUCCGUACCCUCAUCCACCGGAGUCGAGACACUCUUCUCGGCCGCCGACAAGCAAUCCAAGCCCGUCACUGGUGAACAAGGGUGCAGGUGCAGGUGUGUACAAUCGCGGUACGUCGCCGGGUCAUCUACCGCAUCAGCACCAACAUCAAGCUGCCGCUGGUGCUGGACCAGGGGCCCGGCCACGACUGCAUUCCCAUCAAGUCAGCGUCACAAGCAUGCCGAGCUUGAACGGACCGAUGACGAGUCAGGCUUCUGUCCCCACCAUGUCACAGAACCAAAGGCCAGAGCUACUAUCCACGAAAUCACUCCCAUUCCACGCCGAGGGCGAGAGUGCAGAUCAACUCUACGAGUAUUUCCCUCUCGGUCUGGACGACUGGAUGCCCCCGGUCGAUGCUGUGUUCCGGCCCCAUGUUGUGCAUCAUAGCGGGCCAUUGCCGCCAGAUCCAAGAAGUCCAGGGAGGCAUACGAGUAAACGGUAUUUCUCCGAGGUUGUUUGAAAACUCGGUUGUCACGUUUAGGUGGGCUGGACUAGGUUAGGACACGCUGUUGGAGUUUGGUACGAACAAUGAGAUGAGUGAUUGGGAUGCAUUGACUGGGUGGGGUUUGGUCAUGAAUUGGUCAUGAAUUGGACAUUGGACACGAAUUGCCAUAGCGAGCAGAACAAGCUGCUCAGGAAAUCCCUUAUGAUACCCAUCUCCGUGAUGUGAAACGAAAUCCAAUUCACAAAAAGCAACUGUGGCUGUGGCCAUGACAUGUGCAUUGAUUUCCCGGCGAGGCUGUGACUUCGUGCCGUCCUGGCAUACCACUACUAUUGUGUACCAGGUAUUCACUGGCACUACCCCUUUCAAGGGCGUGACGUUGGCGGGUCCAAUGAGCCUCGUGGAGGAAAACUGGGGAGUAAGAGGAAAAAAAAGCAAUAUUGACGCGUACGGAGUACGAAUUACGAGUUACCUUAACCUUGGUUUGAGACACUUACCUAGGUACCUUACCUGGGUAGCAUGUCCGAUCAUCAUGGCACUGAUGUCGACCUACUGCAGAGGAUAAAGCUUUAAAAGAUUGGUACUCGAAUGAAAUACUCGUACUUAGGUUAGUAUAUAUUGACGGUAGCCAUGGGCACCUACCUAGGUGUGUUUCAGACUAAAAUCUUGGUAGUAUUGGCACUGUACUUUUGAGACCCGCGUCUGGCAGUUUGGUCUGGCAGUGUCUCUGCCUCUAGUCUAACGGGGAGUGACAGUUGAUGGCCUUUUCAAUUGCCAACUUUUAUGGUACGGUUGGACGUUCAUACUGUAGACGUUGCAGCGCAUCGGCUCUAUACCAGGUAGGUUCGUGACAAGUGGCUGCGUUGGGACU